AUGGCUAAAAAAUACCUAGUUUUCAUGGUGCAAGUGCACCUCAACUUCAGACUUGCGGAAUUGGAGUCCCUGGCGGAUCUGCAUGGGAUCAAGAGCGUGGAUUUCACACAGUACGAUAGAGAGUCGCCAUUUUUUAUAGUGGAACUGGAAAACGACGAACAAGCGAAAAAAUGGAUCUCCAGGUCGAUCCUGACUCGCGCCAUCUAUGAGUACUGGGGCCAGGGCAAAGACUACUCCCAGUUGCAUGAAAACGUGCAGAGUAGCCCAGACUUCUCACAACGCAAGCACGAGUAUCGCAAUGCGUCUUUCAAGUUCGAGUUCGACAGCUUCGGCGGUAGCUCUUCGGGCAGGCUAGACCGUGUUGCAUGCAUCGAAUCAUUUCAAUAUUUGGAUUUCCAAGGCCCGAUUCGCAUGAAAAACCCGCAAGAAAUCUUCACCAUCAUCGAGGAGUAUGAGCCGCUGAAUGACAACCAGGCCGGCGAAACACCAUUGCGUGUGUUUUUCGGUCGCGAAGUUCAACGCAGUGACCGUUUCCGUGGAGCAUUGGAAAAAUACGACUUGAAAAAAAGACCUUACAAGGGCACCACGAGUUUUGAAGCCGAACUUUCGCUUGUUAGUGCCAAUAUUGCGCAGGUUAAACCGGGGACUGUAAUGUACGACCCAUUUGCCGGCACUGGCUCCUUUUUGACUGCAGGUGGACAUUACCAGGCAAUGGUGAUUGGCUCUGACAUUGAUGGACGCAUGAUAAGAGGCAAGGGAAACCAGACGAUUAGAGCCAAUUUCAAAAAAUACCAGGACUCGUUGCAGUUUUUGGAUGUGCUAACGAUGGAUUUUACUCACAAUGCGCUCAGAAGUAAUAUGAUGAUAGACACAAUACUUUGUGAUCCACCUUACGGCAUUCGCGAAAGUAUCAAAAUUCUGGGUGCCAAAGAUCCAGAGCGGUUUGUUGGGAAGGAGAACGUUGAAAUAGAUGGUAAAAAGGCCUAUCUAAUGCGCGACUACAUCCCCACCAAAAAACCAUAUUCCCUCGAUGCGCUCCUGGAUGAUUUGUUGCAUUUCGCCGUCGAAAGACUGCCCCUAAAUGGAAGACUUGCAUUUUGGAUGCCGGUGGCCAAUGAUGAAGAUAUUGAAACAGUCAUACCGUUACAUUCCAACUUGGAACUCAAAUACAACUGUGUCCAGGAAUUCAACAAGUGGUCCAGACGUCUCUUGGUUUACAUCAACAGAGGCUCCGACUACAAAGGACCUGCCAACGUAGGUUUGGAGCGAUCGAAAGAAAACUUUCGUGAUCGCUAUUUCAAUGGGUUUAACUAA